AGUUGUGUUUGGGUGAAAAGCUAUAGUGGCAACCUUUUCAUUAAUCGCGACAUUACCCAUCUAUGGUGACUAGGUCGCCACCAUUUGAUGAGGAGAUGAUACAUAAAGGCAAAAAUCCCCAAGUUGGUGAUUCAGAUUUCCAAGGCUUGUGUUUAAGCAUCCAAUAAUUGAACAAGAAAUGGCAAGAUUUGCACGAGGUAGAGGUAGAGGUCGGUUAGGUGGAAGGGGCCGCGGGCGUGGUAAAAUUGAUGGAGUACGUGAUAAUCUUGCUGUGGCAUCAUCCGUAAAUAUUAAUCCACCAUAUAGACCUACACUUGAUCAAGCAUCUCAUCUGCAAGCACAACCAACAGGAAUAUCUGAAGCAACUCAGUCGACUUCUCCAGACUUAAGGAACCCUGGAACAAGUCAAAGACCAUUGUCGGGGUCACAAUUAUCAAGGAACACGGAAAGAAGUGUACGUCCAUCUCCAGGGAAUUUAACUAGUGGUGAAGCAGAAAUGGCAAGAUCUGUGCGAGGUAGAGGUAGAAGCCGGCGAGGUGGAAGGGGCCGCGGGCGUGGUAAUAUUGAAGGAGUACGUGAUAAUUUUGCUUUGGAGUCAUCUGUAAAUAUUAAUCCACCAGCUAGACCUACACUUGAUCAAGCAUCUCAGCCGCAAGCACAACCAACAGGGAUUCCUAAAGUAACUCAGUCGACUUCUCCAGACUUAAGUAACCCUGGAACAAGUCAAAGACCAUUGUCGGAGUCACAAUUAUCAAGGAAUAUGAAAAGAAGUGUACGUCCAUCUCCAGAGAAUUUAAAUAGCGGUGAAGAAAUGGCAAGAUCUGCACGAGGUAGAGGUCGGCGAGGUGGAAGGGGCCGUGGGCGUGCUAAUAUUGAAGGAGUACGUGAUAAUUUAGCAGUGGCUUCAUCCGUAAAUAUUAAUCCACCAUAUAGACCUACACUUGAUCAAGCAUCUCAGCCUGAAGCACAACCAACAGGGAUUCCUGAAGCAACUCAGAUGACUUCUCCAGACUUGAGUAGCCCUGGAACAAGUCAAAGACCAUUAGCGAGGUUAGAAGGAAGUGUACGUCCCUCUUCCGAGAAUUUAAACUGUGGCGAAGUUUCUUGCAGCAAAUCUAAGAAAGGCAGGGGAAAAUAUAGAUCCAUAAACGUUGAAAUGAAAACAAAGUACGGUAGCAAAAUCAUAGUUCACAUUCCGGAUGACAUUGAUAGAGCUGUAGGUCCCGGGGCUAGAGAUAUUGUCAAUUAUUGUGGCUUGAUCAUGAGGAGCACUAUCUCGUUUAGAGAUGGUGAAUGGGCAAAAAAUUUUGCAAAACAUGGAGAAAAGAUGUGGCUGAAGGUGAAGGAGAAAUUUGAAAUAGGUGGUGGUAGGGGAGAACAUGUCUUGCAAAGUUUUGUGGCCAGCACUAUGAAAAGGCUUUUUAGAACGUGGAAGACUCGGUUGCAUGCUGAAUACUCGCGUUAUGAUACUGAUGACAAGAGACUGUCCCACCCGCCAAAAGAUGUUACGCUUGAUGAUUGGAAAUUUCUGGUACUAUAUUUUGGAAGCCAGGCAUUCAAGGCUAAAAGCGAAAGAAAUAAAAUAAACAGGAAAAAGCAAACAACAAAGCAUACAUGUGGUUCGAAGUCUUUUGCAGAAGUAGAGGAAUCCAUGAGAGAUCCUCUUACCAGAGAAAAGGCACCACCAGAUCGUGUCUGGGAGCUCCAACAUACGCGUAAGAAUGCUAAAGGAGAAUUGAUGUGGUCAGAUCAGCAAUCUCAGCAAAUUUACGGACAAAUCCAGGAACUUGUGGCUCAACAACAGUAUGAACAAAAUGAGAAUCCAAUGACUGGAGAUGAAGUUUUAGCUACUAUACUUGGCGGGAGAACAGGCUAUGUUCGUGGAAAAGGUUAUGGAAAGAAGCCUCUGAAAAAGAGCCAAGUAGAACGUGCAACCUUAGGAUCUGACCUGUCUUCUGUAAUCGAAAGUGUGCGUCAAGAGAUGCAAGCUGAAAUGGAUCGAAAGUUGCAAGAGGAACGUGAACAAAUGCUAGCUGAAAUGGACUUAAGGUUUCAAGCUCAAAUUGAAGAGGAGCGUAGACAAAUGCGAGUAGAGAUCGACAAAAGGAUCCAAGAUCAGAUGGUGGCUACUUUAAUGGUCGGAAUGCAACAGGGUCAAGGUUCUUCAACGGCCCGUGUUAUCCAAGGGAAAAAGCAAAAAAGUCCUGAAGUCAGUUGGGGUGUCAAGCGUAAGCGCAGGUAAACUGCCCAGAUUUAAUGAACAAAUGUGCAAUUUAAGGGAAGAGAUUUUUACGCACUGUGUAGUCAGGUGUAAAUAGAUCGAUCAUUUGGCCUGUUCUUUUCCGCCCUUGCCCAGUAUAACUGACUUUUUAUGUAAUUUGUAAAAAUUAAACUGUCUCGAUUGUUGAAUUUAUUGAGUUCAUAUCUUCAAAAUUUUA